AUGAUAUCGUUUCUAACGUGGUUUCUUCGUGUACAGAUAAUCAAACGGCGCAAGUUGAAGCCCGCGAUACACUUGGACAAUCGGUACCGGUUAAUGAGAAACGAGCCGAUGCUGGACGCGGACGGAAAUGAAACCGAUCAAAUCGGCGAGGACGAAACUGCGCCACCUAGCCCAGACGAAAUGGAGGCCAUCAUGAAGGAAAAGGGUGACGAUUACUUCCUACCGAAGUUUAAAGUCACCGAAUGAGGUAGCCAUGCAUCGUAUUCGAAUCGUGUUUCUCGAGUUAGGUCACGCGCAACUUUGCCAUUAGUUAGAAGACCAGCCAGAUAAAAAGAUAGCUUGCGUGUUUAUAGAAAA